CUGCUCCUCUCUUCUCCCUCUCUUUCUCUCUCUAGGGCAUAUUUUUUUCUCUUUCUACAUUCAUUUUUUGGUAUUCUGUCUCCUUUGCCGUUGUUGUCACGCUUUGUCGCUCAGAUCUGACUUUAUUCAUCCCAGGCUCCCUUCUGGCGCCGGUUUCGUCACCGGAGAUUGCGACUAUGGCUCCAACUAUUGAAACACCUGAGAAAGAACUCAACCAUAACCAGAUCUCUCGUCCGCCUCUUAAUGAAAGGAUACUGUCAUCCAUGACACGUAAAUCAGUUGCUGCCCAUCCUUGGCAUGAUCUCGAGAUAGGACCUGGAGCUCCGAAGAUUUUCAAUGCGGUAAUUGAGAUCAGCAAGGGCAGUAAGGUGAAGUAUGAACUCGAUAAGAAGACUGGACUUAUCAAGGUUGACCGAGUGCUUUACUCAUCUGUUGUCUACCCUCAUAACUAUGGUUUCAUCCCACGCACUAUUUGUGAGGACAGUGACCCUAUGGAUGUUUUAGUUAUCAUGCAGGAGCCUAUCCUUCCAGGGUGCUUUCUACGUGCAAAAGCAAUUGGUCUUAUGCCCAUGAUUGAUCAGGGAGAAAAAGAUGACAAGAUAAUUGCAGUCUGUGCUGAUGACCCAGAGUACCGACACUACACAGAUAUCAAGGAGCUCCCACCACACCGUUUGGCCGAGAUCCGUCGCUUCUUUGAGGACUAUAAAAAGAAUGAGAACAAGGAAGUUGCUGUUAAUGACUUUCUACCUGCUUCUGAUGCCUAUGAAGCCAUCAAUCAUUCCAUGAACCUGUAUGCGGAGUAUGUCGUGGAAAACUUGAGGAGAUAAUCGUUUGGUUUUAUUGGAAAUCAGAUAUUCACUCCAUAUAGAUAAAAAAAAUUCUCUUAUACUAUAAGUUCCUCGUGUUUUACUAUGUGCAUAUAACUCGGCCAGCAAAUAUUUCUGGUACAUGUUCCCCUCUAUCAAGAUAUGAUGACGACAAAGGCACGGCGAGACUGAAGUGCCAGACUGGUUCAGCACUUCACAAGCUCUAAUUCUCUGUGCCAAACUCAUAUGACUCCCAUUUGGUACUUUCGUUUAUUUUUAUUUUGCAUCCUUUUGUCUUUUGUGCAAGGCAAACUCAUAACAAUGCUUUGAACACUCGUUGGUAUUUGUUUUUGUUCAAUCACAUGUUUAGCAAGCAGUUUCUCGUAUCGUGCUCCAACUGGAAUUGUUUUUUUUAAAUGAAUUAAGUUUGUGGUA